UCCUCACCGACUCUUCCCACUGGCGUCCACACCUGAAACAAAAUGAAGGUUCUCUGUCUUCACGGAAAAGGCACCAGUGGUGCCAUUUUCAAAUCUCAGACCUCCUCAUUCCGCGCCCAACUUGCCCAAAAAGACAUCCAAUUCGACUUCAUAGAUGGCCCUUUCAAAUCAGAGCCAGCUGCAGGUGUAGAUCUUUUCUACCCACCCCCUUACUAUGGAUUUUGGGAGCGGGGAUCUGUGGACGACAUCCGGUCAGGCUGCGACUGGCUCCGCGAAUACAUUAGCAAGCACGGACCCUACGACGCGGUGAUGGGAUUCUCGCAGGGAACCAUCCUUGCCUCAGCAUACCUACUUUUUCACGAAGAGGAAACGCCGCAUCUCCCACCGCCAUUUAAGAUUGCUAUUUUUCACUGUGGCGGUGUUUCUUUCCAGGUGUUGCAGGAACUUGGGUUUAAUAUCACGCCUGCCAUGCAUGCUCGGGAUCUCGCGUCGCGGAAUGCGCUUGCUAGCUCUGCUAGUGCCGAGGCGAUCUUGAGGAUGGGGACGAGUCGGUGGCAGGGGGAUAAUUCCGGUGGAGGCUUAAGUGAGCAGGCUAUAAGGGAUGAGAUUAAGGGGCCGGUUCAAAUUUCCAUUCCGACUGUUCAUGUUUACGGCACAAAGGAUCCGAGGUAUGCGGCUGGAGUGCAGUUAUCUGGAGUUUGCGAUCCGGCGAAGCGUCGGUGCUACAACCAUGGUGGUGGUCAUGAAAUUCCGCGACAGUCAACUGUUACAAAUGCGCUCGUUGAGCUCUUUGAGUGGGCUAUUGAUGCAGUUGAUGAAGCGUGCUAG